AUUGUGUAUUUCAAACCAACUUUGAGGCUCAAACUAAAACUUUCUUGCAUAAUUUUUAUAGUACUUUCCCAUGAAGUCAAUUGCUUUUUCAUCAGGAUGGCUUUCAUUAUCUCUUAUAAUUCUCUUAACCUCUGUUUCUGCAAUACCACAUAAUAUUCCAAGACUCAGUGUAUUUGACCGUACAUCCCUCAGAGACCUUUCUGACACCAUUCCGGCGUUUGUUUGGGAUGACUUGGAAACCUAUUUUUACAACCAAACACUUGAUCACUUCAACUACAACCCUCAAAGCUAUGCCAUAUUCAAGCAACGAUAUGUGAUAAAUUCUAAGUAUUGGGGUGGUGCAAAUAAAAGUGCUCCAAUCUUUGUUUAUCUUGGUGCAGAGGCACCAAUAGAUGGUGAUAUACAAUUCACUGGGUUUCUCCCGGAAAACGCCCCAAAUUUUAAAGCUCUCAUAGUUUACAUAGAGCACCGGUUUUAUGGACAAUCAGUUCCAUUUGGACCAGUGAAAAAAAAUCAAGGUUAUUUUAGCUCAGCUCAGGCUAUAGCAGAUUAUGCAGAGGUGAUCUUAUAUUUGAAAGAAAAAUUAUCUGCACACUACUCUCCAGUUAUUGUCAUUGGAGGAUCUUAUGGAGGAAUGCUAGCUUCAUGGUUUCGGCUGAAGUAUCCUCACAUUGCUCUUGGAGCUCUGGCCUCAUCAGCUCCCAUCCUCUACUUUGAUGACAUCAUUCCCCAAAAUGGAUACUAUUCAAUUGUCUCCAAAGAUUUCAAAGAGGCUAGUGAGAGUUGCUACGAGACAAUAAAACAAUCGUGGUCUGUAAUUGAUGAAGUUGCUUCCCAGCCCAAUGGCCUCUCAACCCUCAGUCAAAGAUUCAACACAUGCUACCCGUUGAGCGAUUCGUUUGAGCUGAAGGACUAUUUAGACGGAUUGUAUUCGCGUGCAGCUCAAUAUGAUAGACCACCAAGAUAUCCAGUAACGGUGGUAUGUGGUGGCAUUGACGGAGCACCUAACGGAACUGAUAUUCUUAGUCGGAUAUUUGCCGGCGUUGUUGCUGCCACAGUUAACAGGUCAUGUUAUGUGAAUGGCCACCACAAUUAUUCUCGUGACCCUUAUGGGGAUUGGGAUUGGCAAACAUGUAGUGAGAUGGUGAUGCCCAUUGGCCGAGGUAGCAACGAUACAAUGUUUUUUGCAUGGCCUUUCAAUCUAACCAGCUUCACUGAGGAUUGCGUAAGAUCUUUUGGGGUCCCACCUAGGCCUCAUUGGGUCACAACCUACUAUGGAGGCCAUGAUAUAAAAGCAGUUCUCCAGAGGUUUGCAAGCAACAUAAUUUUCUCCAAUGGCCUAAGAGAUCCUUACAGCUGUGCAGGGGUGUUGCAAGACAUAUCAGAAAGUGUUGUUGCAGUUUAUACUGUUAACGGAUCCCAUUGCUUGGAUAUUCUUCCAACAAACAAAAGUGAUCCUCAAUGGUUGACAGAUCAACGAAACACAGAGGUUAAGAUCAUCCAAGGCUGGAUCGACCAAUAUUAUGCUGAUCUUCUAUCAUCUUCCAAACAUUAGAGAUCAACAACUACAGGGGACCAAAAUUAUCAAUAAUCGAAUGAUAACUUUGAGACUUGCCAAAGACAUUGUCUUCAAAAAAAGUCGAAUUCGACCAAAUUUUGGUCAUUUUUUCAUUUCUAGAUGAAAUUUAGAGUACAUGUAAUAACCCAACCCUCUCAUAUACUUAAAUCCCUCAUUAGGGGUGUGAUUAUAUGUGUGUUUAUGUGUUGAAUACAAAAAUCCAUGUGCUAGUGUGUGAAUUGUAUGUCUAUUAACUUCUAUCUGUCCAUUAUAAGAAAAUCUAUUGAAAUUGUGUC